CCUCAAGUCGCAUUCAUCAAACAUAGGUUGCUUAAAGGCACCUCUGUCGCAUCGCGUAUGAGGGCCCCGGGGUAUUCCCUGUUCCACCAUGGGGCACCGAGGGAGGGCUUUGUGCCAAGGCGAGGGAGAAGAUUGUUGACCCUUGACCAUCAUCGACAUGCUGUUAAAAGCGCAGUGUUGCAGAUGGCUCUUGGCCACCAAGACGACCUCGAACACGAUGACCGAACACGAGAAGCAGCCAGUCGACACUCACAUCGAGAAGGUGGACGACCCGAACCAGGACCACGACCAGUCAAAUGACCUCCUCAAGUCCCGCUAUGACAACCUCAGCAUCCCCCGCACUCUCUGGUUAUUCAGGCGCUCCGUCUUCUUCGUGCUCAUGCUGUACACCGGGUACAUGUGCGAAGGCUUCGAGCUCGGAGCAGGUGGCAGUAUCGUGGCCAACGAGGGUUUCAUCAAGCAAUUCGGCUCCCGCGGCGAUGAGGCCGGAGUCCGCGCGCUCGACCCCACUUGGCUGUCCACCUGGUCUGCCUUACUGAAUGUUGGUCAGAUCCUCGUUUUCACCCACAUCGGUUGGGUGGCGGACCGCUUUGGCCGCAAGAUCGCCUUCUACAUCGGCUGGGUCUGGCUCAUGGUGGGGUGCACAUUUCUCAACACCGCCAAGUCACCUCAAAUUUGGGCGCUUGCGAAACUCUGCAAUGGUGCCGGCAUCGGGGUGCUCCAAAUCUGCUGUCAGGUCUAUGUAAUGGAGAUCGUCCCGAACCGCAUCCGAGGAGGCAUGAUCACCUUCCAGGCCGUAUGGUCCAACAUUGGCGGUAUCAUCGUCGCGGUGAUGAUGCAGCAGCUCAACCAGAGGCACCCCGACAACUAUCUCCUCGCCAUGCGCAUCCUUUGGGCCCCUAUCGGACUCAUCAUCAUCUGCUGGGCUAUCCUCCCCGAGUCGCCUUGGUACCAUGCCCGCCGGGGAAACAAGGAGGGAGCUCUGAAGGCGAUGAAGCAGCUCUAUGGUGGUAUCGAUGGAUUCGACUACGAGGAAGAGUACGGCAUCAUCGAGCGGACCAUUUCGCACGAAAGGGAGGUCAACAAGGGUGCCCCGAGGUACCGUGACGUGUUCAAGGGUCUCAACCUUAAACGCACCUUGUCCGUUGCGAUGCUCUCCGCUUGCCAGCAACUCGCCGGUCUUGCCAUCAUCAGCACCUACUCAACGUGUGCGUACCUCGUCAAUAGCAUUGAGCUGACCCCAGAUUUCUUUUCCCUCGCUGGACUUAAGGACCCAUUCCUUGGCACCCUCAUCCUCUCAUGCUGUAAUCUUCUCGCUGUUACUCUCUGGUCACUCUCUACAGACAAGCUCGGUCGCCGGAUGAUCGUCAACUGUGGACAGACGCUCUGCUGCGUCAUCCUCUUCGUGGUCGGCGCUCUCUACUACACCGGAGCCACGACGGGCAACGCAAAGGCUGGCACGGCUUUGCUCGCGAUCUGCUGCCUCUGGACGUUCACAUUCCAAGUUAUCGGCAUGUCGUACUACCUCUACUCGGCCGAGCUUCCCACUGCUCUUCUCCGCGUCAAGACUGGACCGUUCACAUACCUUGUUAACUCCAUCCUUGGCAUUGCCACCUGCUACGCGACCCCACCUAUGCUGCUCAAACUCAGCCUCCGCGCCGGGUUUGUUUUCGGCGCCUUCUCGGUUCCCAUCUGUGUUCUCAUGUGGUUCUACCUUCCCGAGACGAAGGGUCGCUCCGCAGCUGAGAUCGACGAACUGUACGAGAGGAAGGUACCUGCCUGGCGCUGGUCGUCGACAGUUACAGAGGCGGAGACGCAUCUCGCCGAGGUCUCGCACGGCCGUGUCACCCAUGGCAAGCAGGACGCGUAAAGCAGAGGGUGUCGUAUCGGUGUGGAAUUCGAUCAGUGUGGGUUUGCCGGUGCGGUCAAAGCAAGGAUCUCUUUUCAGCAGGUGUGUCGUGGGUUAGUGCAGCGUUGAAUGGAAUUGAACUGGAGAAAGUCCACCGCGCGGUUCUGGUGACUCAACCACUGAUAACCAUUGCAUGUGGCCUUGCG